AUGCAGAGGAACAGUAAUGGGACGGCGGGGGCGCACCCUGCAUGUGCUGCAUGCAAGCACCAGAGGAAGAAGUGCGACGACAAGUGCAUACUGGCGCCAUUCUUUCCGGCGGAUAAAACGCAGGAGUUCCAAGCGGUGCACAAGGUGUUUGGGGUGAGCAACGUGCAGAAGAUUGUGAAGAGUCUCCCCCGGGACGAGGACCGGAGAAGGGCCGCCGAUUCCCUCGUGUGGGAGGCCUUUUGCCGGCAGAGGGAUCCGGUGCUCGGGUCCUACGGCGAGUACAGAAGGGUUUACGACGAGCUCAAGCUCUACAAAAGCCAGUACUGCCAGAGCCUGCAGAAUAUUCCUGCGGUGGCGGCGGCAGCUCAAGGCGGCUUGGUCUAUAAAGCUCCUCCGACGGGUUUCGUGGGAUGGAACGGUAAAAGUGGGAUGAUCAACAAGGGACUUACGGGGGGCGUUUGUGGGGGAGUACUGAACAGUAGUAUUGCCAAUGGGCUGAGUUAUAUUCAGAAUACUGGUACUAAUAAUGCUUUGGUGGAUUCGACUGCUCUUUAUGAUUUGGCUUCUCAAGAAAUGCAAGAGAAAGAGAUGAGGGAGGAAAGGGAUGUGCAUGGGUCUCUUGUUAUUCCAGUUCCGCAGCAGCAUUCAAUCAAUGGGUUCAACUCACACCUCUACCUUUCAGGUAAUUAA